UUUUUUUUGCCUGUGGUACCUUGGAAGCGAGCGGGACUGUACUGGGAGAGCUAUGCAGAAGCAGCUCUGGCUUCUUACCUAGUGAGCUGCUUUCGGGUGUGAGACUUGUCUCCGAAGCUCCUAUCUCCAGCCCGGAGCUGCCGCCGAAGCUUAAGCACCCGGGGGAAGGCCAGCUCAGGGUCGGUUUUUGGAUGGCAAUGACAUGGAGGAAAUACCGUUUCGCAAAGUCAGGACAAGAAGGAGGAACUGUCCGUGCGCCCCGGGCUCGCCCCUCGACACCAUCAGCUGCGAGGACGAGUUUGACUGUAAGGAACUAGAGUCCCUUUUCCAGAAUUACAACCUGAAACUGGAGCAGACCGCUACCCUCAAAGCUCUAGCCAUCCUCAUCAUCAUGACGGCCACUCUGGCCAUCGUGGAGUUACUGUCCGGCCCGCGGCUUACCAUCUCCAAGGGCUCCCACCCGGUGCACUGUAUCAUCUUCGUGUCGCUGUUUAUUGUCACCAACGUAAAGUACCUCCAAGUCACCCAACUACAGCAGAUCGUCAAGCUCAGCUUGCUGUUCAGCUUCACCUUCUCCUUCCUGUGCUGCCCGUUCUCGCUCGGAGCCUACGGUUGGGAGACGCCGACCUCCCCGGAGAGCGGCAUGUGGCAGCUGAUGCUGGUCACUUUUGUCGCUUACUCGCUGCUGCCGGUGCGGACCUUGCUGGCCAUUCUGUUCGGUCUGAUCGUGGCUGUGUGUCACAUCAUAGUGACUGCCACCUCAGUGUCAUCCAGCAAUCAGCGGCUCUGGCGCACGCUUGUGGCCAACGCAGUUCUGUUUGCCAGUGUGAAUGUGUCCGGGGUGUUUGUCAGAAUCCUCACGGAGAGAGCCCAGAGAAAAGCCUUUCUGCAGGCGAGGAACUGCAUUGAGGAGCGACUUCGUCUGGAAGAUGAAAACGAGAAACAGGAAAGACUUUUAAUGAGCUUGCUGCCCAGAAAUGUGGCGAUGGAAAUGAAAGAGGAUUUUCUGAAGCCUCCAGAAAGGAUAUUUCACAAAAUAUACAUCCAAAGGCAUGACAAUGUCAGCAUCUUGUUUGCAGAUAUUGUGGGCUUCACCAGUUUGGCUUCACAGUGCACUGCACAAGAACUAGUCAAGCUUUUAAAUGAACUCUUUGGCAAGUUUGAUGAGCUCGCCACAGAGAACCACUGUCGAAGGAUUAAAAUACUUGGGGAUUGCUAUUAUUGUGUAUCAGGUCUUACUCAGCCAAAAACUGACCAUGCUCAUUGCUGUGUUGAAAUGGGAUUAGAUAUGAUUGACACAAUCACAUCUGUAGCUGAAGCCACUGAAGUUGAUCUCAACAUGCGUGUGGGUCUGCAUACAGGGAGAGUGCUGUGUGGGGUCCUGGGUCUCCGCAAGUGGCAGUAUGAUGUAUGGUCCAAUGAUGUUACUCUAGCCAAUGUAAUGGAAGCUGGUGGUCUCCCUGGAAAGGUUCAUAUCACAAAGACCACCUUGGAGUGCCUGAAUGGAGAUUAUGAAGUUGAAGCGGGAUAUGGGUACGAGAGAAACAGUUUCCUUAAAAAGCAUAACAUUGAAACCUUCUUCAUCGUGCCCUCUCAUCGAAGGAAAAUUUUUCCGGGUUUGAUUCUCUCAGACAUAAAACCAGCAAAAAGGAUGAAAUUUAAAACUGUCUGUUAUUUACUUGUUCAACUGAUGCACUGUCGUAAGAUGUUCAAAGCUGAAAUACCCUUUUCCAAUGUGAUGACGUGUGAGGAUGAUGACAAGAGAAGAGCAUUGAGGACAGCAUCUGAAAAAGUCAGAAACCGAUCAUCUUUUUCUGCAAAUGUUAUGCACAACACUCCAGGAACGCGAGUGAAUCGAUAUAUCAGCCGGUUAAUUGAAGCUCGACAAACAGAGUCUGAAAUGGCAGAUUUACAUUUUGUUACCUUAAAGUACAAACAAACUGAAAGGGAGCAGAAAUAUCAUCAACUUCAUGAUGAAUAUUUUACCAGUGCAGUCAUCCUCUCAUUAAUACUUGCCGCCUUAUUUGGCCUUCUGUAUCUUCUCAUAAUACCACAGAGCACGGUGGUCCUCGUCCUCUUGGUAUUCUGCAUUUGUUUCCUGGUUGCUUGUAUUAUGUAUCUCCAUGUCACUCGAGUGCAGUGUUUUCCAGGGUGCCUGACAAUACAAAUUAGAACUAUUAUCUGCGUCUUCAUAGUUGUCUUAACCUAUUCGGUGGCCCAAGGAUGUGUGGUUGGCUGCAUGCCUUGGCUAUGGACUACCAACUCCAGCAGUUCCAUUGUUAUUGUUGCCCCUGAUGGGCUCAAUAAAACAAUGACGGAAUUGCCUUGUGAUGCAGCCCAUUACGCUUUUCUUGCUUGUGUUGUUGGAACACUAAGUCUUGCAGCUGAAGAAGAGAGAGAUGAUAUGGAACGAGUUAAACUUGACAACAAACGGAUUCUCUUCAAUUUACUUCCAGCACAUGUUGCCCAACAUUUUUUGUUGUCCAAUCCACGAAAUAUGGAUCUCUACUACCAGUCAUAUUCACAAGUGGGUGUGAUGUUUGCCUCAAUUCCCAAUUUUAAUGACUUUUAUAUUGAGCUAGAUGGUAAUAACAUGGGAGUUGAAUGCUUGCGCCUCUUGAAUGAAAUAAUAGCUGACUUUGAUGAGUUGAUGGACAAGGAAUGCUAUAAGGAUAUAGAGAAAAUCAAAACAAUUGGCAGCACUUACAUGGGAGCAGUUGGACUUGUACCCACAACUGGAACAAAGGCAAAGCGAUCAAUUUAUUCCCACCUGAGUACACUGGCAGAUUUUGCAAUAGAAAUGUUUGAUGUUCUAGAUGAAAUCAACUAUCAAUCAUACAAUGACUUUGUCUUAAGAGUUGGUAUAAAUGUUGGACCUGUCGUGGCAGGUGUGAUUGGAGCAAGACGUCCACAGUAUGACAUCUGGGGAAACACCGUAAAUGUUGCGAGCCGAAUGGAUAGUACGGGGGUUCAAGGCAAAAUUCAAGUAACAGAAGAUGUCUAUCGGAUGCUGAAUAAAAGUAAUUACGAGCUAGUUUGUCGAGGCAAAGUCAGUGUAAAAGGAAAAGGAGAAAUGCUGACAUAUUUCCUUGAAGGAAAAGUGAAUGCGAAUCCACAAAUAAGUUCAACAAAUUUAGUAAGAAAAUUAUAUCCAGAUGGAAGAGCGAAACUGGCAGCAAGCUGUCCCUCAGUAUCAUCAGUAGCCAGCUUCACAAUAAAGGCUGGACUUGGAACGCUCCAGGCGACUGCAAUGCAAACAAAUCAAUCUGUACACUAUCUUCCACCCAUACCAGUUGUUGAACAAGCAUAAUGAAUUAAAAAAUUAAAGCUUAACUCUGAGCUGUUACUUGGGUGGAAAUCAGUUAAUGAUGACAGGAUGCACUGACCUUUCCAACUCAGCAUUUGGAAGUCAGGCACUGAAAAGAGGAAUGUUUGGCUGGAGCAAUCCCCAGGAGAAUAUGGGUCAUCGGCGCCAAGAAUCGCUACGAUCGAACCAAAGAUUAAACUUUGGGUAUUGUUACGAGUGCAGUUCUUGGAGUGAAAAUUAAGGGCUAACUAUCUGUUAGAAGAAGCAAAGAACUACAUUUUGGGCAUAGAGAAUUAUCUUUCUAAAUAAUAUGAAUCUUGGAAGUCUGAAUCAAUCAUAACUAGUUUGUAUAUUUUAUAGUUUCUGCAUGUUUUCUAAAUGUACAGAACACAUUUUCCCAUAUCAUAUUGAGUUCUAAAAUUAGUACUCACUUAUACUUCAGUGGCCAAUAGAUGGUUCCAAGCAUUACGAAAAUAUCUGUGUAAUAUUGCCUUACUUGUGUUCUUUUUCAAAUAUAUAUACAUAUAUAUAUAGCAUUUUAAAGUCUGCCUUUUUCAUAUCAUACUCUGUAAGAAUUUAUUGUAUGUAAUUUCUGUAAAUAAUUUUAUUAAUUAUACAGUAUGGAUUGUGUAUGACAUAUGAGAAAGCACACGCCAGGUGAAUAUUUAAUUAAUUUUUAUAACAAAGUUUUCCUUAUGUAAGCAUGACGACUGACAUGCUGUAAAAGCUGUAGUAUUCUUUCUUCUAUUGUUCUGCAUAACACAUAUCUAGAUGCAUCAAAUAUCAAAGCUAUAGAACUCCCACUAGUUAUAGGUAACCUUUGCAAGAAGGUUACUGGCAGUUUACAGUGACAGAGCACUGGCUGAAUGAUGAAAAACUAUCCUUACCAUUUUGUCCCCAAGCGCCAAUACUAUUACUCUGUAGCAAUAAACCUCAGCUAUGACAAUAUGUAUUGAACAUUUUAUAGAGAUUAAAGGAUGCUAGUGGGUUCAGCCUGCACUGUUCUGAUACUUUCACAACAUGGUCAGUGUAGGCAUUAUAUAAUGAAGAUUGCAGCUCAAAAGGUAGGAGAAGCACGUUGGGGAAUAACAUUUUUUCAAACAUUUUGUGGCCUAUGUAGUAUGUCAGAUGUUUUAUAGACCAUUUAUUUUAUGCUUUAUCACACAAAUAAAAACACUGCAAUGUGUUUUUUUAAAACAGUAAAUUAGCUUGCUAAUUUUCCAUAUUUAAAUACGGGUCUAUUUUUAUGUGCAUAUUGAAUAUUGUAGAAUAUCUUUCAGUCUCUUUUGGAACUGUAAGAAUGACCUAAAGAAUCAAAUACUUGUUCUACCUUUUAUGUUAA